UGAAUGGAUACUGGAAAAAAGUCGCUUCCGGCCAGAUAUUAUGUGUUACAACCUGCUCAUAGAUGCUUAUGGUAAAACAUACCAGUGCGAGAAAGUAGAGCGUGUCUACUUGAGAAUGAAACAGGUGUCCUGUGUUGCAACUGAAGAUACAUAUGUUUUACUUGUUGAGGCAUACUGUACAUCUGGACUGUUUGCAAAGGCAGAGGUUGUCCUGCAUGAAAUGCGCAAACAUGGUUUUCCUUCUAGAGUUGCUGCAUACAAUACGUUUAUUAAUGCCCUAGCCAAGACUAGAAAUAUUCACAAAGCAAAGGAAGUCUAUGAGAAGAUGAAAAGGGAAGGAAGCAAGCCAUCUGCUGAUACAUACACUAUUAUGAUUAAUGUAUAUGGAAAAGCAAGACUCUCUCAUUUAUCCCUGGAGAUCUUUCAUGAAAUGAAGUCUGCAAAAUGCGAACCAAACAUCUGCACUUACACAGCAUUAAUCAAUGCAUAUGCCAGGGAAGGAAACUGUGAAAAGGCAGAGGAAAUAUUUGAACUGUUACAGUCUGCUGGGCACAAACCAGAUGUCUAUGCUUACAAUGCAAUUAUGGAAUCCUACAGCCAAAGAGGAUUUCCAGCUGGAGCAGCUGAGAUAUUUUCUCUCAUGAAGCAUAUGGGUUGUGAGCCAGAUCAAGCUUCAUAUAAUAUUUUGAUAGAUGCUUAUGGAAGGGCGGGACUUCAUGACGAUGCAACUCGUGUAUUUCAAGCUUUGGAACUUACAGGCUUUAAGCCUACCAUCAAAUCAUACAUGUUGGUGUUGAGUGCAUAUGGAAAAAGUGGAAAAGUAGCUGAAUCUGAACAAAUUUUGAGCCAAAUGCAGCAAACUGGGCUUACGCCUGAUACAUUUGUUUUUAAUAGCAUGCUCAAUACUUACGGUCGUUUGGGCAUAUAUGACAAAAUGGAGGCAUUGUUGAAAACCAUGGAAGGAGGUGUCUGUAAACUAGAUAUCAGUACCUAUAAUAUCCUGAUAAAUGUAAAUGCCAAAGCAGGUUUCUGUGACAAAGUAGAAGAGUUAUUUGUAUCUUUAAAGACAAGGGAUCUUAAGCCCGACAUAAUAACUUGGACAGCAAGAAUUGGCGCCUUUGCAAGAAAGAAACAGUAUUGGAAGUGCAUGGAAAUUUUUGAACAGAUGCUAGAUGCAGGGUGUAGCCCAGACGCAGGAACUACAAAAGUUCUUCUUUCUUCGUGUACAGCAGAAGACCAAAGAAAGGAAGUAACCAGUUUGUUGAAAUUUGUGGGUACAGAAGUAGUAUAAAUGCAAGGCUAGCUAACCAUUAAUAAAAGCUGGUGCUAUUAGUUUGCAAGUUGCUAAACUGGGCUAUGGGAUUACACGUUUAUAAAGAAUGUAAUGUGAAAUAAUUAUCCAUAUCCUCCUCUUCUGUAAGUGUCGCACUCUUACAACUGACAGGCCCAAAAGAACAUGUAUACAUAUAAUGCCAUCUAAAAUUGGAUUAUUUCCAAGGUUUGAUCAAACAAUAAUUCAUAUUAUUAUUAAUAUUUAAUAUGAGGACGCAAAGUCUAUCUUUACUCUCUUGGUUAUCAA